AUGUCAUUAAAACGUAUUACCAAGGAAUUAAACGAUUUGGGCAGAGACCCCCCAACUUCAUGCUCCGCUGGCCCCGUCGGUGACGAUUUGUACCACUGGCAAGCUUCCAUUAUGGGUCCACCAGAUUCUCCUUAUACAGGUGGUGUUUUCUUCUUAUCGAUUCAUUUCCCAACGGAUUAUCCUUUUAAGCCACCUAAGAUUUCCUUUACUACUAAAAUAUAUCAUCCUAAUAUUAAUGCGAAUGGUAACAUUUGUUUAGAUAUACUAAAGGACCAGUGGUCACCUGCGUUGACUAUAUCCAAGGUUUUGUUAUCUAUCUGCUCUUUGUUGACGGACGCCAAUCCAGACGAUCCAUUAGUGCCUGAGAUUGCUCAUAUUUACAAGACGGAUAGAGCGAAGUACGAGGCUACAGCGAAGGAAUGGACAAAGAAAUAUGCUGUUUAA